AUGCAGCGCCUCGUGUGUGAAAGCUGCGGCGAGGGCGAUGCUGUGUUGGCAAGCUGUGCGGAGUGUGGACGCCGUCUCUGCCGUCUCUGCAUUAGCUGCGCAUCGCAGUGUGCUGAUUGUGCAGCAAAGGCUAAACGCACAAAUCUAACGUGUGACAUAUGUAGGAAUAAGGUGAAGGAGCUUUACUGGUGUGUCGUAUGCGACUCUAUGGUAUGCAGGGCGUGUAUCCAUCAGUCAUACAUGAAUCGGCCCACCACUGUUCUAUGCAGAGGAUGCCGGGCGUCGUCCCCGCUGGUGAUGGCGGCGAAAACGUGCGGCAGAUGUAAUGAAGUGGUAGUAGAUGAAACCACGCAGUAUUACUGCGAGUUGUGUGCUUGCCCGCUAUGUCGCAAUUGCCUUUAUGCUUCUUUUGAGUGUGGCGUGUUGAAGUGUCGGACGUGUUGUCCAUCCCCUCUUCGGCUAAUGAGCAACGACAGACAUAUUCGAAAGCUUUCAGUCGGCGGGUGGAAGUCCUUGAUAACCCCCAUUCUGCAAAAGGAGCCGGCAACAAGCGCAUUAACAGAAGUAACGGCAGUGGUGGCGUCCGCGAGGCCCUCCGCACCCGUAACAAGCACAGAGGCAGGAGUGGCGUUGUCAAAGUAUAGGCAGUUGAGCAAUCGGGAGAAGCUGGGUGAGGGGGGCCAGGGGGUUGUGUUUAAGUGCAAAACAUUGGACAAUGAGGAGGUUGUUUCAAAGGAGAUGACGUUUGACGAUGCGGAUCGGGCGGUUUUUGAGGCACGCCUCCUUCAAGCCGAAAGGAUACGAAAGCUUUCCCACAAGCAUCUAAUACAGUAUUUAGAUGUGAUUGGUUUGGAGAAUCCGUUUAAGAUUUGCGUUAUCAUGCCCUACUACUCCGAGGGUGACUUGUUUAAUUACAUCGGACGGCAGCGUGGACCAAUCGAGGAGCACAAGCUUUGUUCCAUUAUCCUCCAAAUAGCAUCGGCCUUGCACUACUUACAUUCCCAGAAACCACCUCUGGCACACUGUGACAUCAAACCCGAUAAUAUACUUCUCCUUAACCGCGAGGAACAAGUACUUCUUAUGGAUUUGGAUUUGUGUCAUUCCUGUGAGGCUCAGGUGAGCACGACGACACGAGUACUCCACGAGUGCAGAAGAAAUUCCCCGACGCUUGAGUAUCGUGCACCGGAGAUGGUGAACUCAUCGGGGUCCACAGAGUCUGAUAUUUUUAGUUUGGGUGUUGUCUCGUUUGUUUUGGCGACAUUGCCCGAGUUUGUCAUGCUCCGCAACGACAAGGGCAUUAUGACGGUGCUGAAUGACUCGGACUGGACCCCAGACUCCUUGGCAGGUGCUGUUCGGGCGGCAAUUCGACAACACACACGCGCCUACGCGGAGGAGUUGAUUGAUCUCAUUAUUAGGAUGCUGCAGCAUCGGCCAGCGUCUCGGCCCUCCGCGAUUGAAGUCAUGGUGAGGCUUACGCAAGCGAUGGAGAAUCUUCUUAUGCGUUGCGAUAAAUGA